UUUGGCUGGAAUGGGUGUGUCUGUUCAGAGUAGACACUUUCACAGUGUAUAAACGACUGAGGCACUGAGCUCUAACUGCGAUCUCAGGAGGAAGGGGACAAGGUUAUCUCUUGGAUUUCGUUUGAUAGCGUGUUAGCCCAGAUCACAGCAGUAUGUCUGUUAAGAGCAGUGUGGCUAUCAGCAGCAGCAAGCGCAGUGGGACUGGUUUCGGUGGGCUUCAGGGCUUCAGUACCGGUUCCAGUUUGAUCCGCUCAAGCAUUCAGCCAAGAUCCUUUUCCAGCUACUCAUUGAGCUCCGUUCGAUCUGCGCCCCGCGUCAGCCUGGGCAGUGGAAGCAGCUCUAUGGGCUACAAGAGCUCGUUCGCGGCAGGGGGCGGCUCAGGCUCUUUCGCCUUGAUGUCAGGGGGUCUGGGAAUGAACGAGAAAGAUGCCAUGCAGAAUCUCAAUCAACGCCUGGGCACCUACCUCGACCAGGUCCGCUCGCUGGAGCUGAACAACAGCAAGCUGGAGAAAGAAAUUCGCGAGUUCGCCUCCGCCAGGACGAUCGACUGCUUCGACUGGUCCAUUUACAACAGCACAGUCAAGCCCUUGCAGGAUCAGAUUAUCAACGCAGUCCUGCAGAAUUCCCGCAUCUCCCUGGAGAUCGACAACGCCAGGCUCGCUGCUGAAGACUUUAAGAAUAAGUGGGAGGCCGAGCAGAGACUGAGACUGUCUGUGGAGAUGGAUAUUGAUGGACUGCACCAACUGAAGGACACAUACCUGCAGUUACAGGCUGGUCUGGUUGAUGAGAUUGCUGCACUGGAAGGCGAGAUUGCAAUCAUGAAGAAGGACCAUGAAGAGCAACUGAGGGUCCUGCGACAGCAGAAGACUGCAGAAAUUGAUGUCGAAGUCGACUCAGCUCCUUCCAUUGACCUGUCUGCGAAACUACAGGAAAUGCGCGAAACCUACGCCAAGCUUGCAGACCAGAAUAAAAAGGAUUUAGACAAUUGGUACCAGGAGCAGGUACAGAUUCAAGUCACACAGACCACACAAUCUAACCAGGCUUGUCAAGGCGUGAAAGCAGAGCUGGCCACAUACCGUCAGGAGUUGCUGACCCUGGAGGCUGAGUAUAACUCCUUGCUCGGCUCUCUGAAGGGCCUAGAGAAUAACCUGAUGAACGUUGGGUCCAGAUACGACAUGGAGCUGCAGGGACUACAGUGUAGAAUCGCACAGCUGGAAGGAGAGCUGGGACAGAUCAGAAACAACAUCCUUCAGCAGACGCAGGAGUACCAGAAGCUGCUCAACAUCAAGAUGCUUCUGGAGACUGAGAUUCAGCAGUACAGGCGCCUGCUGAAUCAAAGCCAAAGCUCGGUCCAAUCUGGCAGCAGCUCCUCCUCCUUUUUGUCAGGAUCAGGAUCUCAGUCUGGAACAGGAUUAAGCAGCUCAGCGACCACAACGAAAAUUAUCACAGAAAAAAUAACUCGUUAUUAAUGACAACAGCUGGCACCAGGCCUCUCGGCGAGGCAUUUUCUGGAGAUCCAUCAUGAUUAUUUGCUGUUGCGGUUUCUUACAGAAUCUCAGGUUGUGGGCUCUUCUCAUUGCGAGGCUUCUGUCUCGCAGCCUUAACUUCUAUUGCACUGAAAUUGUAACAGAGCGCCCACGACUCCCUUCAGACAGAACCCACCGUGUCCAAAUCCAAUCCAUGGGGGCUGCUGCUCCACGAGAACCUUCAUCACCACCUUCUCUGAAAAGUCUGACCCUUCUCCAUGUGACCGCUCUUGUUGCCAAUCUGCCUCAUGCAGAAACACCAACACUAGCAAGACACUGCUAGGGAGGCAAUGUGAUUAUUCCCAUUCCCCAUGUGGUGCCAUGUGUCCUGGCCAGCUGAAAGGUAGUAGUGCCUAUGGGCUGGAUUUUUUGGCCUUGGGGCACAGUGGGUCUGAUCACUGUUCAUCCCCUUUUGAGACUGAACCUAAGGUGAGGGAUUGGCUCGAGAUUCCCAGGCUGAUGGGAGCCUCCAGGCGGACAGUCCCUCACAGAAGGACCAAAUUACAGAAACCAGGCCUUUCUCAUGAGAGUCAGACCUUACCUGUGAGUCGACAUCUUUCAACUCUGCCUUAAUGCAGAGGAAUGAAAACUCGCUGAGUCUUCCUGACCACUGGCCUUAGUGAUUAACUCCGCUGAACUGGGGGAUAGGACUGACUUGGCUCACCUCUGGAACCGGACUGACUGUGUCUGUGGAAAGCCCUGGGUUGCUUAGAAAUCUCAAUGCCUUUCUGUAUGUCCAUUCUCUGCUUCAAAUCCAAUCAAUAAAUGCUACAUUUGUCAUCCUC